AUGGCUUCCAGGGAUUCCAAAAUUCAAGCCAAGCAAACCACUUCAAGGUCUAACCUGGUGUGGGUGAAUGAGCUUAUUGAUGAAGCUGGGUGGUCUUGGAACAAAAAGCUAAUUACUUCUCUUUUUUCAGCCAGAGAUGUUGUUUUGGAACAAAAAGCUAAUUACUUCUCUUCUUUCAGCCAGAGAUAUUCUCUGGUUUGGGAUUGCAACACUAAAGGUGACUUCUUUGUAUAUGCCACUUAUGCUAAGCUUAUCAGUGACAAAAGAUUAAGCCUUGACCUACCUGAGCAUAGCCAAAGUUUCCUUUUGAAAAUUGUCAAAAAGAGGAGUUGGGGCCAAAAAAUCAAAGGUAUUAAAUUAGACUUGGUUUGCAAAGUCUGUGGAGCUGCAUUGGAGAGUCAAGAGUACUUAUUUUUCCAUUGUUCUAGAGCUGCAAUAAUUUGGAAGCUUUCUCCUGUUAAUUGGGAUGGUUUGGUGAACUUCACAGGGAACUUUAAGGUGUGGUGGUCUAAAGUGUGCUCUGUCACUCCUUUUCUGACCUCUAACAAAAGGAUUAAGAUCACUUCAUACAUCCUUUUGGGUAUUUGGAAAAGCAGAAAUUUGUGGGUAUUCCAAGAGACUUGGAGAGAUGAAAAAAACUAUUAUCGACCAAGCCAUGGUAGCUGCUUAGUUUUUUUGGGUGGGCUACUAGAUCCUUGGGUUCAGUGGUAG